UCCCUGUGGACGGUCAUGAUAUAAAGGUCCUGUCAAUUACAAUCCAAUGGUUUGAAAAUGGCUGCUAAAAGGCACGCCGGAACUGCGAGGCUGUGGUGGGAACAGUGGACAGCUGCGGCUCGCAGCAGGAAUAGACGACCGUCCCUUGCUGGCCAUCACGACACUCCCUGCCCGGCCAGCUGGUUCCCGCCCCGCAUGUGCUAGCGUCCAUCGCCCAGCCAGUGUUCUGGGUGUCCAGACAGUAUUUUCAUUGCACUAUGCAUGUUCCCAUUCACUCUUACUUUCUAUCUGUGAAUUUACAACCUCUUAGCAACUGCUGCUAAUGUUUUAUGUUUACAAAUAGCCCAUUUAUAUUUCUUUGGAGUUGCCAAAAAAUUUUAGUGGUGUUAAUGCAUUCAUAACAUUUUUUAGGCUUGAAAAAUCUAUUCUGCGUUGUCUUUCAUCCACUGGUGUAAAGUUAGAACACAAAAAGUCACCGUUUAACCACUGAGUUUACAAUCAAAAUUUCCGGUAACAUAUUCUUACCAAGCAGCCCGGAGAUGGCGCAGCCAGGCAGGUGCCCGCCGGCGCAGCCCAGCAGGUGCGGCAAGAAGCCGCCCCCCGCCAGCCUCAACCUGCUGCUGCUGCUGUUCAACCAGACCGUGCACACGGUGCACGCCAUGGUGUUCGCGCUGCGCCAGCUGGACGCCGACCUGCGGCGCGGCGUGGACAACCGCCGGCUGUUCCACAAGAAGACCGUGGAGGCCUUCAACGGGCUGGCGGACGCGGCCAACGAGCUGCCGGACUGCGAGUCGCCGGGCCCGGGCGGCUACCUGGAGCUGGUGACGGAGCUGUCGCGCCGCUACCUGGCGUCCUGCCGCGAGGUGGAGAAGGCGCAGUCGGAGGAGGAGCGCGGCGAGAAGGCGGACGAGGCCUUCAAGGAGGCGGGCGGCGCGGGUCGCCUCGCCGUGGCCAUGAGGCUGCACCAGGUGGUGGUGGGCGGGCCGCGCCGGGACCCCGACGACCUGGCGGGCGCCGACUGCGCCGCCGACAUGAUGCAGCAGGAGGUGGUGAGGCGCCUGCAGCGCACCGCCGGCACGGUGCGCGACCUGGAGGACUCGCUGACCGUGAAGCGGCGCUCCGUGGCCGACGUGGAGGACGCCAUCAACCGCGCCAAGACGGAGGCGCGCGCGCUCAAGGCGCGCGUGGACGCGCUGGGCCCGCAGGGCGUGCGCGACGAGGGUCCCCUGGAGAAGAGGAUGGAGCUGGUGGAGGACAUCAUGCGGCACCACUCGCUGCUGGACGAGCUGCGCGCCAAGCUGUGCCCCGCCGCCUGCCCCAACUGCCCCAAGGGCCCGCAGCGCGCGGAGCGCCUGGACCCGGCCUGAGUACACACAUGUACUCCUGUAAUAAACACAUGCCCUCUCUGCCUGCCUUUCACUUACAUCGCAGGCGCUUAACACACUAUUUGUCGUGUUUUAACCAGAGCGCAAAAAUAAUAACUCCAUUCAACGCUGACAAUAUUACAACUUACAAUUGCUUUGAAGCUGUGGUUUGGGUGUCUCUUCUACAGUGGAAGGCGGUGAAGUAGCAUCUCACACUCACACUUGGUCUCAGCGGAGAGGCGGGGUAGGGGGGAAGGUGGGUUUCCGGAUCCCCCAGUGGACCGAGCCAGGUGAGGCA